UUGGAAGUGAAGCAGAGGAAGUUGGGAGGAGGUACCGGACCCACAGAUAAUCGCAACUAGGAGCAACGUGAAGUUUUCUCAAAUAAUGCCACAGCAAUGGCGUCGUAUGCCAUGCUCCAGGAAAGGAUUGCAGUCGCCAAAGAUCUCUUGGAAAGAGUAGAGAGCAUCUCUGGCGGGCAGAAGAAAGGCGUGGAAGGCAAAGCGAAGCUGUGCAGCAAGCUGAGGGCCGAGCUGAAGUUUCUUCAGAAGGUGGAAGCGGGUGAAGUGGUCAUCAAGGAGUCCCACCUUCAGAGUACGAACCUGACCCACCUCAAGGCCAUCGUGGAAUCCGCGGAGAGCCUGGAGGACGUCGUGAGCGUGCUGCACGUCUUCACCUACGAAGACCAGGCCGGGGAGAAGCAGACCCUGGUUGUGGAUGUGGUGGCGAAUGGAGGUCACACUUGGGUGAAGGCCAUUGGGCGGAAGGCGGAGGCGCUGCACAAUAUUUGGCAGGGCAGAGGGCAGUAUGGGGACAAAAGCAUCGUGAAGCAGGCGGAGAACUUCCUGCAGGCCAGCCGGCAGCAGCCCGUGCAGUACAGUAACCCUCACAUCAUCUUUGCCUUUUACAACGGCGUCUCCAGCCCCAUGGCGGACCGGCUGAGGGAGAUGGGGAUCUCCGUGCGAGGCGACAUCGUGGCCGUGAACUCGGUGGCGGGCGCGGAGGAGGGCGAGGACGCGCUCAGCGACAGCAGCUGCGAAAGCGACGCCGACGGGGACGAGACGGAGGACCUGACACUCACGAGGGUGGACCGGGACACCAUCGUGGCCAGUCUGUCCUUCCCCACGGAGGUCAAGGUGGACGUGUGCAACCGAGUCAACCUGGACAUUACCACCCUCAUCACCUACGUGUCCUCCCUCAGCCACGGAGGCUGCCAUUACAAGUUCAAAGAGCAGGUGCUCACGGAGCAGGCAGCCCAGGAGAGGCAGGAGAAGGUGCUCCCGAAGCUGGAGGAGUUCAUGAAGGGCAAGGAACUCUUUGCGUGCCAUUCAGCCGUGAAAGAUUUUCACAUCAUCCUGGACACGCUGGGGGGGCCUGGUGAGAAAGCCCGUGCAGCCGAGCUACUGCAGAGGAUCAAAGUGGUGCCCGACCAGCCCUCAGAACGCACGAUGAGGCUGGAGGCCAGCUCGAAGGUCAACCAUCGCUCGCUCAUGAUCUUUGGGACGGGGGACACUUUGAAGGCCAUCACUAUGACGGCCAAUAGCGGCUUUGUCAGGGCUGCGGCCAACCAGGGAGUAAAGUACAGCGUGUUUAUCCACCUCCCACGUGCGCUUACUGAGGGCAAGGAGUGGAGAGCUACUCCCGUGUGAACGAUAGUCGCAGGUUCUUCAAUCCAUAAAGAGAUCGGUUGUCCGACUAUUGCACUGUGGCUGCUCUCAUGUUGGGUUGCCCUUAUAGUAGCUUGCAAAUUACUGUGCGAUUUGAAAUAGCUUUUUACAGUCAGGAGCAGCAAUGAAAUUGCCUGUACGUUUGAGUGACACUUGCUAGAAAUUGUGGCCAGUGGCAAAAGUCCCCAGAGCAGAGAGAGAAUAAUGAUCGACGUGCGUCUAAUUGAAUAUUUGUGUUGUAGUUUUACAAGAAUUGCUUUCCGAACCCAAACGUUUUUUCAGAAAAAGUCAUUAAAAUGUCUGUAUUUCUUGGGUAUCUACUAAUGAAUGAAGCUAGAAAGCUGCAGUCCAGCAGCACAGAAAAUCAUUUUAAAGAUACUAUUGUACUUGAAACAAAAGGAUACUUAUGUACUGUAACUAUUUUUGAAUGACGGUAAUGGACUGUAGUUUUUGUUGACGGUAUCAAUUUAGGUUCCUCUAAUGACGCAGCAAUGAAUGAAGAUUAUCGUGCUCUUCCCCAAGUCUAUAAGCAAAAAUUGCUGGCCUGCUCUGCAUCAUAAUAUUUCUUUGCUACAGACUAAAUCAGUAGUAUUGUUUUUACAAUGAUACUGUACACUUACAAUAAUAACCUUACUUAUUUUGUUUCCAAUAUCUGCCUAGAAUAAUGCUGAGUCAACGUAAGAAAUUAAAGAAAGCUACAUUUUACUGUUAAUUCAUUUAACUGAGUGCAAAUAAUCAGUAAAGUAAUAUAUAUAUAUACCCUAAGACUUUACAAAAAAAAAGGCUGAUUGUUAAGCUGAUAACUAAAAUACCCUGGUAAGCAGGAAUGUGUAUAUAUACUAUAAUCCUGAUUGUUUUGGGAGGAGAAAAUAAUUGUAGUCAUUUUUGGGAGUGACCGUUAAACAUGAAACAACAUUGAUGAAAUUCAACAAAAAGCUGACCUGCUUUGCCCAGUGAGUUUUCUUUGCUACAGGUUAAUGGUAAUAUAAUGCAGCAGUAAUGGAAUAUGUAACACAGCACUUGUUUCCUGUAUCAUAAUUGAUGUAUUUACAGGUGGGGCUUUUAUUACUGGAUGAUAGUUCUUGAGUUUAUUGAAUUUCAUUGAUGUUUUUUUUUCUCCCAAGGUUCCCUCAUCUGCUGAUGACAAUAAAAAAUACACACUACAGCUUGAAGCACUUUGGGAUUCUCAAUAUUGAAAUGAUGCUGCACUUGUAGUCUGUCAUUGAGAUUUCUUAUGUAGUACUGUGGAGACUUUAUUUUGUUGGUGCUUUAACAUGGAUAAGUGUGAUGAAAAUCAAAUGUUUGACGUGAAUUGUUAUCUGACUGUAUGCAUCGCAUAUGCAGGAGUAGAGGUCACAGCUAUCUGAAUUUUUUUUUUUUAGUACAAGGUACUGUACUUCCACAAUGAAUCAGGAAUAUACCUAUAAUGUACAGACCAGGGUUAUGCCAUAACUCGUGAACAGUGAGAGUGUUUGUAACUAUAUCCAGCUAAGAUAUUUGGGAAGACAGUGAUAUGGACAACUGUGUUUGCAAUCUGUAAAAUAAUUUAAAUAUUCAAGCUCUCAAGCCCCCCUAGUGUUCUAAUUUACCCAUUUAGCCUGAGGUUAAUUACAAUAAACUAUUAACAAUCCA